ACGCCAAUUGUACAGUAUUAUAUGCACUCAAAUAGCAUAGAGCCACUUGAGAUGAAAUAUCUGUUUCCAAUUACGACGAAUACAAUUGAAAUAAUCCAGGAAUACGAGAAACGUUGCUUUGUUAUGCAUCAACAUUUGCGCACGGAUCGACGAUGCUAUUUUAAAUUGCGCAAUUAUGUGCAAUCUUUUAAGCUCGAUCGAGAAUCUUUUAUUCGUCAUAUGAUAUUGUAUUGCUUUAAGAUUGAGAACGAGAUAUAUGGAGUUACUUUAACAUUCAUCUUCUUUCGCUAUUAUGGUUGGGCCAACGAGAUGAUAGCUUAUGAGAACAUAAUGCAAAUCAGUGCCGAGGCGUUGCAAAUUGCCUUGAUGAACAUAGAAUCGUUUUCCAAAAAUACAUUUAUUAUGUUAUUACAUUCGAUCAUAGACUUCUCCAACACAGUAGAAAAUUUUAUGCCUGAUAACCAAGAAGAAAUUCACCGUAUCCUGUUGAAGACUUUAUCCUCUAUAAAAAAUGUAAUUGGCGAGAAGCGCUAUAAACUUAUGCAUGACUUCUUGCUUAAGUAUAUUUACGUUGAAAACCAAUCUUAUCUGACAGAAAGAAAAUAUAAUGAAAUCUCCGAAUGGAUUUAUGCACUCAUCCAUGGAUACGUGCCUUGUACAGUAUCUCUAAUAGACUGCACUUGUGAUAAAUGUUCGUAUUGCAAACGUCAAAGUUUUUUUAAGAACAAAAUCGCAAUGAUGUAUAACGCAUAUUUGUUCAUUUGUGAAUGCAUCAAGAUAUCCACAGAAUUUCAUCAUUAUUAUUAUGAGCGAUUACUGCGCAAUUUAUGUCCGGAAUAAUAAAUUAAUUUUGAUAAAGUAUAGAAAAAUACUAGACGGGGGAUAGUUGU